AUGCCCUCCAUGGAUUUGCUUCGAGGCAUCGAACCCACCCGACCAACACCCUACGACAAGGGCCCAGAAACGUCGCAACUGAGCAGAGAUGGCAGUAUCAGCCUCGACGAUAUGUCGAUGGGCAGCUUGUCACCUGUCGACAUGCCCGUCUUCGCCCGCAAGCACGAUCCCCCCGUCGACCGGUCCGACUUGACCAACUCGCCAUUGUUGCUCAUGGUUCCGUCGGAGUCGGCGGUGAUGGGCCAGCUUCGGCCUGCCAGCCCCGAAGGCCGAUACCCCCUUCACCCUCCGGCUGCUAGCACUUCGCUUUCCCCCCCAUCACCAAUCCUCCCAUUACAUAUCUACUUGAUGGACAAGAAUGAUCAUGAACGUCGGCUCCUGAGGCUGUCCGGCUGUCCGAGCCUCGCCCUUCACGCAGCUAGGCUCGAUUUCGGGUCCGAGCCGGAGUGGAGCGGACGAGCGUCGAGGGGGCCGGAGGCAGAGGGUCUCUCGGAGCCACUUUCUUCUUGGGACUAUGUCGAGCGUGAUGAGGAGCUGCAUCAAGAAACUCAUCGCGCGCCAGCCGCUGCACACAAGAGGAACGUCGAAGCUGCUCGAAUGAUCGGCUCUGGUUUAGAUGAUCGCCGGAAAAUGGCACGCCCAGCUCCGACAGGCAAGCACCGCCCCGUUUCGCCCUUGUCGGCCGCCUCGCUCUCUUCUUCUCCUCGUGCCGAUGUCUCGACCAUAUCUGACCUCGUCGCGGAUGCACCCCUGGCAGCACGGCAUAUCUCUCUUCACCGCGAACUCCAACGAGCGGGCCUGGGCGGUCUCGGGACGAGCGCUCACAGCCGACUUCGUUACCAUCGGUGA